AUGGGAAGUGGUGUUUCGAGGCUGUGUUCUUGCUUAGAACCGGUUCACCGGACUAACCGAACCCAACAAAAAGACCAUAUAUUCACUGCAAAUGAACCGUUGGAUGAAACCCUAGGUCAUUCUUUCUGUUACGUUAGAUCUUCACCUCGCUUUCUCUCUCCUUCUCACUCCGAUCGCUUUCUCUCACCUUCUACUUCUCUUCGCUUCUCACCUACCCAUGAAUCUCUUCCUAAAACCCGACCCGAUUUUCCCGAAACCUCUUUUAAAGCCAUUUCUGGUGCUUCGGUUAGUGCGAAUAGUUCGGUUCCCAAAACGGUUAUUCAGUUAGAAGAAGAAUCCUCCGCCGCUGUUGAUUCUGCUUCCGGUGCUGCUCUUGGGAAGGGGAUAAUUCUCAAUGGCUUUGAGAGUACGUCGUCGUUUUCUGCUCUUCCGCUUCAGCCUGUUCCCAGAGGCGGUGAGCUUUUCGAGGGGAGUGGUUUUUUUCUCUCCGGUCCGAUUGAGAGCGGCGCGCAUUCCGGACCGAUUAACGCAGGUUCUACGGUUGAUUCGGGUGUUUCCGGUGGGAGGGAUGUUCCUUUUUCGGCGCCGUUAGGGGGGAUGUACCCGAGGAAGAGAGGUGUGUCGGGGUUUAGGAAGGCGUUUCAGCGAAAGGUGUCCGAGAAGAAGCGGCCGUGGGUGGUGCCGGUGUUGAACUUCGUUGGGAGGAAGGAGGUUCCGGGGAGUGAAGGGAAGGGGAAGCCUGUUGAGGCCAAGAGUGAGAGCAAUGUGCAGUGGGCGCUAGGGAAAGCUGGAGAGGAUCGGGUUCAUGUGGUGGUUUCGGAGGAGCAAGGGUGGUUGUUCGUUGGGAUUUAUGAUGGUUUCAAUGGUCCUGAUGCCCCGGAGUUUUUGAUGGGUCAUAUGUACCGUGCUGUUCACAAUGAGCUUCAGGGUUUGUUUUGGGAAGUUGAAGAACCGGUAGAGAGUCAUAAUCCUGUUGAGGAGAAAAACAAAAACAAACCGGAGGGAGAAAAUUCAAGUGCUGGUUUGGUACAAAGGACUGAAACUGCUCCCGUGGCGGGAACGGAGAGUAAACGCCGUAGGCUGUGGGAAUUUCUGGCUGAAGACCCUGAAGAUGGACUUGAUCUUUCUGGGUCUGAUAGGUUUGCAUUUUCUGUUGACGAUGCACUUAGUGUUAGUAAUAAUACCAAUGCAGGCUCCGCCGGAAGUAGACGGUGGCUGUUGCUGUCCAAACUGAAGAAUGGUUUGUCUUCUAAGCAAAAAGAGGGUAAUGGUAGGAAGUUGUUGCCGUGGAAUUUAGGGAAUGGGGAGGAGAAAGAAGAUAAGACUGAUGUGGAAAACAAGCCUUCUGCGUCUGGCAUUGGUGGUGGGAGAAGACGGAAGCUGGGUCCAGUUGAUCAUGAUUUGGUUUUGAAUGCAAUGUCUCGGGCGCUUCAAGUGACCGAGCUUGCAUACUUGGAUAUGACCGAUAAGCUUCUGGAUACAAAUCCUGAACUUGCUUUGAUGGGUUCUUGUCUGUUGGUUGCUUUGAUGAGGGAUGAGGAUGUGUAUGUGAUGAAUGUUGGGGAUAGUCGUGCAAUUGUUGCACAUUAUGAGCCCAAGGAGGUUCAGGAUACUUCCAAUGUGGAAUCUGCAAGCAAGGGAGGAGACGCUGGUGUUGGUUCGAGCACCGAGAGCAUAGUUGAGGAGUCCUUAGCUUUAGAUGGUACUCAAACCGAAGAUGCAAUCAAGUUGGGGAAUCCGGGUCCUGCUCAAGAAAUGAGGUUGGCGGCAUUGCAGCUGUCUACUGACCACAGCACCAGCAUUAAAGAAGAAAUCAUUAGAAUUAAGAAUGAGCAUCCUGAUGAUCCCCAUUGCAUAGUCAAUGAUAGAGUUAAAGGUCGUCUUAAGGUCACCAGAGCAUUUGGGGCUGGAUCUUUGAAACUGCCAAAGUUGAAUGCCGCAGUACUGGAAAUGUUUCGUAAUGAUUACAUUGGCACUGCUCCAUAUAUAUCAUGCAUCCCUUCACUACGGCACCAUAGAUUAUGUCCAAGGGAUCAGUUCCUGAUCCUCUCAUCUGAUGGCUUGUAUCAAUAUCUAAACAAUGACGAAGUUGUUUCUCAAGUUGAGAGCUUCAUGGAAAAGUUUCCAGAAGGAGACCCUGCCCAGCAUUUAAUAGAAGAGCUGCUCCUCCGUGCAGCCAAGAAGGCUGGAAUGGAUUUUCAUGAGUUGCUGGAUAUUCCGCAAGGAGAUCGGAGGAAGUAUCACGAUGACGUUACUGUUAUGGUGAUAUCACUUGAAGGAAGAAUAUGGAAAUCGUCAGGGAAAUAUCUGUGA